UUGGUGUGGUGAGGUCACUUGUGAGCUCACAAUGCUGUUCACUUGGUGGGGCGGGGCCAAACGGACCCCAGGGUAGAGGGCCGGGCCGAGGCAGCAUGGGCAGUGGCCUCUAGUGAACAGUCCUACCAUGGGAAACAGCAGUUCCCACAAGAGGACCAAAGCACCCAGUCAGGCCAGCAAGGACAGGCCGCCUGGCAUGGAGAAGGCCCGUCACAAGCAGUUCUUCAGCCACCUCAAGCGGAAGAAACCAAGUCCCACAGCUUCACAACACAUCACUUUCCCCUUCUUUCAAUGGCGAGAGGCCCCUGACUCCACCCGGGUGGGUGAGAACACCCGCAUCAAGGCUGGGAAAACCAAGAUCGUCCUGCUUUUCCCGCUGGAUAAGCGGCAACAGCUGGCCGAGGCAGCAGCGGGCCCGUAUGUGCGGCCCGGGCGGCCGGCCGAGGAUGCGCUCGGCGCCCCGACGACGUGCUUCCCAGCGGUGGCGCCCAUGCUGCGUGGGGCAGGCGACGGCGUGGACAGGCGCGAAGGCGCGCGCGCGCGGGAGAUGAAAAGGAUCCUGGUGCUGCUGCUGCAGCUGGACGCGCGGCUGCAGGAGGAAGGGCGUCGCGGGGCAGGCGGGCGGGGGACCGGGGCCAAGGCCCCGCAGGGCUGGCAGCCGCUGUAUGCGCAUCUGCUGACCCACCGCGAAGCCUGCGGUGAAGGCGACCCCCGUGAGGAGCAGCCGCGCAAGCGGCGCCGCUGCCCUCGCCCGCGGCCCUGAGUGCCUGGCGCGGCCCCCAGUGCCAGGGCUCUGCUCAAUAAAGAGCACAUAGCAACCUGGGCGUCUGCCACCUCUGUCCCAGCCGUCGGGUCCAGGGUCAAAGCUGAGGCCCCGGGUGAGUAGGUACUUAGAACAGCCACCGUCAUGACCUGGAGCUAGGGCUGCUUUUAUCUUUGUAGCACAAAGGUCAGCGCAUGCCAGAUCUACAGGCUCAAGGUGAGCUUGAAUAAUCUAUACGUGGCUACGCUCGGGAGAACGUGUUUCUA